AUGAAGAAGAGCAGAAGGAAUGGAGAGGUCCAUCCUGCUUCAUCCUUUGUAGACCUCCAGCUGGGUCUGCAAAGGAGGGAGGGGGACUGUGACAGGGGAGGGGACGAGUGGGCCGAAGAGGUCCAACUGACCCAGCAGGCUGUGGAGGCCGUCAACAAGCUGUGCCGCAGGCCCAAGUUCAUGGUGCUGUGUGGGGACAUGGUCCAUGCAAGUCCGGGAGUGAAGGCGGUAUUCUCAGGCCACUACCACUGUAACGCGUGGGGUGGGGGGUGGGGACAUGCUGACAUGCUGGUGAGCUCCGCUAUAGGCUGCAGGGUGGUGGUAGUGACCGCCGGCCAGAUCAACCAUCGCUACCACAGCCUGGAGCAGCUCAGUGGGCGGGGCAUGGGCGAGGACCUCAGGAAACCACUGCAGGUCUGAGCCAAUCAGAAGAGAGGACACACUCCGGACCAUAAAACACCAGGGCCCGAUUCAUAAUGCAUCUCAGAGUAGCUGAUCUAGGAUCUAGGAUUUUUUCCUGCAAAGAAAACACUAUUUUAUAGUGAAAAGAUGUAGGCAUUUAGAAUGAAUUAUGGAGUGGAUCUUUAUUGUGACCGGUGACAUCACGUGCCCCGCGCAGUCCUACCUUCAAAGUGAUUCGGCAAUUUCCAUCAUCAUUUGUCGCAAUAAAGGAAGUUUGACACAAGAAAAAUUCACCCUUGUCAAAAGCUAAACAAAUGUUGUAGAUCUUUAGAAAAGCUAUCCUUUAUCUGCCGUUUCCAUUACACAUGUCCAAUGAUUUUUUUUGCGACAUUGUUUUUAUAGAAUAAAACUGGGUCAAUGGGGUCAAUGGAAACCUGCCUAGUGACGUUCACACUUGUCACAAAUUCCCCUGGUACUGCUGCUUAUUCCGUGCACCAUAAAUUCCCCUGAUACUACUGCUUAAUCCAUGCACCACAAAUUCCCCUGAUACUACUGCUUAAUCCAUGCACCACAAAUUCCCCUGAUACUACUGCUUAUUCCAUGCACCACAAAUUCCCCUGAUACUACUGCUUAUUCCAUGCACCACAAAUUCCCCUGGUACUGCUGCUUAUUCCGUGCACCACAAAUUCCCCUGGUACUACUGCUUAUUCCAUGCACCACAAAUUCCCCUGAUACUACUGCUUAAUCCAUGCACCACAAAUUCCCCUGAUACUACUGCUUAAUCCAUGCACCACAAAUUCCCCUGAUACUACUGCUUAAUCCAUGCACCACAAAUUCCCCUGAUACUACUGCUUAAUCCAUGCACCACAAAUUCCCCUGAUACUACUGCUUAAUCCAUGCACCACAAAUUCCCCUGAUACUACUGCUUAUUCCGUGCACCACAAAUUCCCCUGGUACUACUGCUUAUUCCGUGCACCACAAAUUCCCCUGGUACUACUGCUUAUUCCAUGCACCACAAAUUCCCCUGAUACUACUGCUUAUUCCGUGCACCACAAAUUCCCCUGGUACUGCUGCUUAUUCAGUGCACCACAAAUUCCCCUGAUACUACUGCUUAAUCCAUGCACCACAAAUUCCCCUGAUACUACUGCUUAUUCCGUGCACCACAAAUUCCCCUGGUACUGCUGCUUAUUCCAUGCACCACAAAUUCCCCUGAUACUACUGCUUAAUCCAUGCACCACAAAUUCCCCUGAUACUGCUGCUUAUUCCAUGCACCACAAAUUCCCCUGAUACUACUGCUUAUUCCGUGCACCACAAAUUCCCCUGGUACUACUGCUUAUUCCAUGCACCACAAAUUCCCCUGAUACUACUGCUUAUUCCAUGCACCACAAAUUCCCCUGAUACUACUGCUUAUUCCAUGCACCACAAAUUCCCCUGAUACUACUGCUUAUUCCGUGCACCACAAAUUCCCCUGAUACUACUGCUUAUUCCAUGCACCACAAAUUCCCCUGAUACUACUGCUUAUUCCAUGCACCACAAAUUCCCCUGAUACUACUGCUUAAUCCAUGCACCAUAAAUUCCCCUGAUACUACUGCUUAUUCCGUGCACCACAAAUUCCCCUGAUACUACUGCUUAUUCCAUGCACCACAAAUUCCCCUGAUACUACUGCUUAUUCCGUGCACCACAAAUUCCCCUGAUACUACUGCUUAUUCCAUGCACCACAAAUUCCCCUGAUACUACUGCUUAUUCCAUGCACCACAAAUUCCCCUGGUACUACUGCUUAAUCCAUGCACCAUAAAUUCCCCUGGUACUACUGCUUAAUCCAUGCACCACAAAUUCCCCUGAUACUACUGCUUAUUCCAUGCACCACAAAUUCCCCUGGUAGUGCUGUUUAUUCCAUGCACCACAAAUUCCCCUGGUACUACUGCUUAAUCCAUGCACCACAAAUUCCCCUGAUACUACUGCUUAUUCCGUGCACCACACAUUCCCCUGGUACUACUGCUUAUUCCGUGCACCACACAUUCCCCUGAUACUACUGCUUAUUCCAUGCACCACAAAUUCCCCUGAUACUACUGCUUAUUCCGUGCACCACACAUUCCCCUGGUAGUGCUGCUUAUUCCGUGCACCAGCUCCGGAGGUUUAUAUCACCGGCCUAUAGGCGUCACUGAACUGUUUCAUUACGCACACCAGGUUCCCAUUCCCCCUGAUUAGUAAUUGUAUAUAUGUGCCAUCUGUUCACCAUUGUUUUGUCGG